AUGCCCCGCCGCUCGAGCUCGCCUGAGCGCAAGCCCUCCGCGCUCUCCUCUGAUGGCGAGGACAUCAAGCCCGACACCAAGGCGGGCACCAAGGCCAAGCGCGGGGGACGCAUCGACGCUGCUGCGCGCGCUGCACUCGCUUCCGCCGUGAUUCAGCGCGGUGUCGCCACCGCCCUCGCUGACAUUGACGCUGUCAGUGCUGAGCAGGUCCGUUCACAGCUUGCCGGGAACAGGCAGAACCUUCGCAAGGCUAUGGAGUCUGCUGCGGGCGAUCUUUAG